AGCAAGCAUACCAAAAUGGCCAUCAGAAAAUCAAACAAGCUAACGCAGGGUGCAGUUGUGAAGCAAAUUAUUAAAAGGUGUUCGAGUUUGGGUGAGAAACACGGUUAUGAUGAUGGAGAUCACCUUCCCAUGGAUGUACCAAAAGGACAUUUUGCAGUUUACGUGGGAGAGAACCGAACUCGAUACAUUGUACCAAUUUCUUUCUUGACUCACCCUGAGUUUCAGUGCCUCCUCCACUGCGCUGAGGAAGAAUUCGGCUUCGAUCAUGACAUGGGAAUCACCAUUCCCUGUGAAGAAGUUGUUUUCCAAUCACUAACUUCCAUACUCCGGUAA